AUGGCUUUCACUACACCCGAGUACGAGGGUGACCUCGAGAAGAAGGGUGGCGUCUAUGAGCAGAAGGGUGACCUUCACCAGAUCAUCACCACCCAGGAUGGCGAGAUCGCAGAGAACGCCGACAACCUCCACCGUCGUCUUGACAACAGACAGAUUCAACUCAUCGCUAUUGGUGGAUCGAUAGGAACUGCUGUCUUCGUCAGUAUCGGCAGUGGUCUUGAACGAGGUGGUCCUGGAUCUUUGUUCUUGGCAUACCUGAUCUACUCUUGCUUCAUGGGUCUCGUCAACAACUGCACAGCUGAGAUGAUCACCCUCUUCCCUGUCUCUGGUGGAUUCGUCCGUCUCGCUGGACACUUCGUCGACGAGGCCUUUGGCUUCAUGGCUGGCUGGAACUUCUUCCUGUACGAGGCAUUGAUCAUUCCUUUCGAAGUGACGGCUCUCACUACCGUCAUUGGAUUCUGGAGCGACAACAUCCCGGCAUAUGCAAUCCCAAUCGGCUGCAUCGUACUCUAUGGUCUGAUCAACAUUCUCGCAGUGAAGGCAUACGGAGAGGCUGAAUUCUGGUUGUCGGGCGGCAAGGUCAUCUUGCUCUUCCUGCUGUUCAUGUUCACAUUCGUGACCAUGGUCGGCGGCAACCCACAAGGUGACGCCUAUGGCUUCAGAUACUGGAACAACCCCGGCGCAUUCGAAGAGCACAGAACUACCGGCACACUUGGCAGAUUUGAGGGUUUCCUCGCUUGCCUGUGGUCUGCAUCCUUCACCGUCGUCGGACCAGAGUAUGUCUCCAUGGUCGCCGCUGAGGCCAAGCGCCCCCGUAUCUACAUCAAGGCUGCCUUCAAGACUGCAUACUGGCGUUUCGGACUGUUCUUCAUCGGAAGUGCUCUCUGUGUCGGUAUCGUCUGUGCCUACAACGACCCAGUUCUCGUCGGUAUCGUCACUGGUGAGGCUACUGGUGGAGGCACCGCCACUGCCUCGCCUUAUGUCAUUGCUAUGCGCAACCUGCGAAUCAACGGCCUGCCACAUCUCGUCAAUGCCCUGCUCUGCACCUCAAUCUUCAGCGCCGGCAACACCUACGUCUACUGCGCUACCCGAACCCUCUACGGCCUGGCUCUCGAGGGCCGCGCUCCAGGUGUCCUCAAGUACUGCACCAAGAGCGGAGUCCCACUUUUCGCCUUCGCCGUCGUCAUGAUCUUCCCCUGCCUCUCCUUCCUGCAGCUCAGCAACGGCUCCGCAAAGGUCCUCGGCUGGCUCAUCAACCUCGUCACAGCAGGCGGUGUCAUCAACUUCAUCUCCAUGUGCAUCACCUACAUCUUCUUCUACCGUGCCGUCAUGGCCCAGGGUGUCGACAGGAAAUCGUUCCCAUACUGUGGCUGGUUCCAGCCAUACGGCGCAUACAUCGCCCUCGCCUGGUUGAUCAUGAUCGUGACUUGCUACGGAUACUCCAGCUUCCGGCCGUUCAGCGUGGAGAACUUCUUCAUCUACUACGCCCUAUUGAUACUCGCCCCAAUCAACUACAUCGGCUGGAAACUCAUCAAGCGCACCAAACUCAUCAAACCCCACGAAGCCGACCUCGUCUGGGAGCGUCCAACUAUCGACGCCUACGAGGCUACCUUCAUCGACCCGCCGACUGGCUUUUGGCGAGAGAUGCUGGCGCUGGUUGGUAUUGGGAGGAAGAAGCAUCAGGAUAGGAGAAGGUCGAGUGUGACGGAGCAGCCGUAUAGGCAUUGA